GUCCGUCUCCCGUCGCGGCCGGGGCUCUCGCGCACCCUAACCUCAAAAUGUUCUCGCUCGUCGCGUGGCGUGACCCAUCCCCAGGGACCACGAAUUUACACUCCCUCGCGCUUCUGACCGUCUGCGUGAGUGAUAAUUGGUAUUUGCUCCGUGUGUUUGUGCGCGGGUAUUUGUAACCCCCAAUUAGGGACCUCGCACGAGGAUAAACCACGAGGAAUAUUCGCAUGUAUAAUAUUUGUGUCAGUGUCGCUAGGAAACAGGAUGACAAGCUCUCGGAAGGACAACAGGGUGUCUACAAGUCAGAAUUUCCGGAAAGUCCGGAUAUAGUACUGAUUUUUUAAGGGCGGUCCGGAAGUACUGAGAAAGUGCGGAAUUUAGCGAGAAGGUGAAAUUUUCGAAUUUCUUCAAUUGGAGAUCGCGACAAUGUCGGACGGGGAGGCAGAGGUGGAGGCGGGUGACCAGAAGUUGUUCUAUGUGGACCGAGCGAAGGGAGCGCGGGCCGGGUGCAAGAAGUGCAAGGACAAGAUCGAGUCGGGCACCUUGCGGCUGGCCAAGGUCCUGCCCAACCCCUUCGGCGACGGCACCAUGAAGCACUGGUUCCACGUGCCGUGCAUCUUCGAGGCGUUUACCCGCCAGCGAGCCACCACCCCCAAGAUCACCUCCACCGAGGACAUCGGCGGCUGGGUCGAGAAUCUCUCCCACCAGGACCGCCUCGAGAUCAUCGCUCAGUUCCCGGAUUACGUGAAGGUGGAGUCGAACCCGGCAGGCGGGCCGAUCAAAGCGGAGCCGAAGAAGAGAGCCAAGAAGAAAGUGGAUGAUGACGACGAGGGAAGCUCUACGUCGGCAACACCGACGCCGAAGCAAGCGACGCCGAAGAAAGCGACGCCGAAGAAAGCUCAUGGAGAGCUGUCCCAAAUGCAGACGCAAGUGUCGAGCGACGACAAGCCGAGCAAAGACGACCUCUUCCGGGAGUUCCGGCGUCUCUGCGCCGACGUCGCCAACGAGAGCAGCUACCUCAAGAAGACCGAGAUCAUCCAGAAGAUGUUCACCAAGGGCGCCGACGGAAGUGGGUUCAAAGGUGAUCUGCUCCUUUGGUGUCGCUUGCUACUACCUGGUGUUGGUACAGUUAAAAGGGUCUACAACCUACAGUCGAAACAACUCAUUAAAUUAUUCAGUCGUCUUUUUGGUGCGGACCAAGAUGAAAUGUUGGAAGACUUGGAGCAGGGCGACAUCGCUGAAACUAUCAAAAAUUUUUUUGACAGGAGUCAAAAGCUAAAGCCCGCUAAAAAGAGCCUAUUAACCCUUCAGGACGUUGACAAUUUCCUGGAGCGUCUCACAAUGUUGACAAAAGAAGAGGAUCAAAUGGCGCACUUUAAACAAAUUGCUGUCAAGUGUACCUCUAAUGAUUUAAAAAUGGUCAUCCGACUGAUAAAAGGAGAUUUACGAAUAAACGCUGGAGCCAAACCUAUUUUAACAGCAAUUCAUGAAGAUGCAUAUCAAGCUUUUCAAGCAAAUCAAGAUAUUGAGGCAGUUGUUAAGGAAGCUCUGAAACAUGGACGAUCUGCAAACGCAUCCUCAUUGUCUCCAAAAAAGAAGAUGAAUAUUGGAGUCAACCUUCUCACUCCUGUGUUACCAAUGUUGGCGGAGGCAUGCAAAUCAGUGGAGAUGGCCAUGAAAAAAUGCCCAAAUGGUAUGUACUCUGAGAUUAAGUAUGAUGGAGAGCGAGUUCAAGUCCACAAGCAGGGUAACCAAUUCAAAUACUUCUCCAGAAGUCUUAAACCAGUGCUUCCCCACAAGGUAAACCACUUCAAGGACCACAUUCCUAAAGCUUUUCCUCAUGGUAAAGAUUUGAUUUUAGAUGCCGAAGUGUUAAUGAUUGACCUUAAAGAUGGAAAGCCCCUGCCUUUUGGCUCGCUUGGUGUCCACAAGAGAAACGAUUACGCUGAUGCCAAUGUUUGCUUGUUCGUUUUUGACUGUAUGUAUCUGAAUGGAGAGUCCCUAUUAGACAAGCCUAUAAAAGAAAGGAAGAGGAUUUUGAAAGACAACAUGAUUGAAAUACCGAACCACAUUGUAUUCUCAGAAAUGGAAGAAAUUCACGAACCUAAAGAGUUAGAAAAUAUGAUAUCUAAAGUUUUGAAGCAGGGACUUGAAGGACUGGUUCUCAAAGAUCUAAAUAGCACAUAUGAACCCGGCAAACGACACUGGCUGAAAGUGAAAAAAGACUACUUAUUUGGUGGUAAAAUGGCUGACUCAGCUGAUUUACUCGUCCUAGGAGCUUGGUAUGGAUCGGGUCAAAAAGGUGGGAUGAUGUCUAUAUUUUUAAUGGGCUGUCGAGAUCCUGAAAAGAAUGUGUGGUGCACUGUUUCGAAAUGUCACACAGGUCAUGAUGAUAAAACCCUUGAGAGAUUACAGACUGAGCUAGCACCAAACAUGCAAAAAAUUAGCAAAGAUGCAACGAAAGUUCCCAAGUGGCUAAAGUGCACCAAAACAAUGGUACCUGAUUUUGUCGCAAUUGAUCCAGAGCUGCAACCAGUCUGGGAAAUUACGGGUGCGGAAUUCACGCAACAUGAUGUUCACACUGCAGAUGGAAUUUCCAUUCGAUUCCCACGCUGCACCAGAAUUAGAACGGACAAAAAUUGGGAGACUGCCACGACGUUACCAGAAUUAAAGACCUUAUUCGAGAAUUCAAAGACCAAUUUUAGUGAUCAUCUUUUUGGUGGAAAUUGUGCAGGAGAUGCAUCGAACCCAUCGUCACCAGUACCAUGUGAUGAUGAAUCCAGGGAAGCAGUCACACCCACUAAAUCGCCAAAAAUAAUGACAGUAAAUAAGUCUCCUAAGGGGUCUGAAAAAUUAACACCCUUGAAAGCCUCACCCAAAGGUUCAAAACAAAAGAAAAAACAAGACUCCGAUGCCUCCCCCAAAAAAAACCCAACCUUAGACAAUUUCCUGUUCAGAAAACGAGCAGGAGAAGACACAAAAACUGACUUGGGAGACCAAGGUGCAAGCUCAUCAAACAUUGUAGCGCCUUCUCCCAAGAAACCAAAGCUAGACUUUGAUGCACAAGGGAGAAAAGAUAAAGCCUUGAACCCUCACAACUGGUUGCCUCAAGGCCCACCCCCGCAGAUCGGGGAGUUCGCCAUGCAGCGGCUCAAUUGGAUGAGGACCGUGAGAAGACAUGCCGAGCGCAUGGACAAAUGCCCCGAGUCGGCCUUGUGGUGCGAGUGGUUCGCGACCCGAGCCCAAAAGAAAAGGAAGAUGGCCGCCGACAGAUCCUGUUUCGAGGCCUUCGAGAUGAUGAAGGAGUUCCUCAAUAGCCGUCAACUGGGCGAGUGCGCCGCAGUCGUCGACGCCUGGUGCCGAUGGCAUGACGGCCUUUAUCAGUGCACCGCCGUUGCUGGCAACCAGAUAUUCUCCAUCCACGACUGCUUUAACCAGCUCCCUUAAGAACAACCUGGAUCAGUUUUAGACGGAGGCUAAAGGAUACAUUUCCUCUUUUACCCGAAAAACUACGUUUCACGAUUUUGUUCUAUUCUUCUCUUUUUUUAUCGAUGUAUAUUUUUGGCUGCCAAAUUUGAAAAUGGCCUUGGUUUUUUUCCUAUUGGAUUUUCUCCGAAAAUUCUGUUUGUGAGGAAAAUCAGUGGGUGUGUAUGAGAAAGAACCAUCACUGAGGCCAUUUUUGGACGCAGCGCUAAAAAUUACUCACAACUCAAUUUUUCCACAAAUAUAUACCAAUAAGGAUCUUAAA